AGAGGAUCGCCAUUAUAGUGAUAUCUGAAGAGGAUCGCGCGGCCGCGGGGAGUCGAAAUUUUUUUUCCGCAUGAAUACAAAAGGUUUUUCGAUCCUAGAUUUUUGACGAAGAUGGAGAGUCGGAGAUGGAGUUCCUCGCUACACGACUACUACGUAAGAGCCCAGGAGCUUUGGAAGCGGGAAGCCAGAGCCCAGUGCCCAGACUCCAGAGCAAAACAGAGAGUCUUGUUUCCUGCUCUUCUCAUAACAACUGCGAAUAAAUGGGUGAAAGUGAUUCUCUAGUAGAGUUCCUCGCCAUUGCCGUUGAUGCAACAAAGAAGGCUGGAGAGAUAAUUCGCAAAGGAUUUCACCAGGCGAAGCAUGUCGAGCAUAAGGUGGAUUUGGUAACGGAAAUUGAUAAGGCAUGUGAAGCUCUUAUAUUUGAUCAAAUUAAGCAGCAUUUCCCGGAGCAUAAGUUUAUUGGAGAAGAGACUAGUGUUGCAUGCGGUGGUGCUACAGAGCUGACUGACCACCCAACAUGCAUUGUCGACCCACUUGAUGGAACGACCAAUUUUGUUCAUAGUCUCCCUUUUGUAUGUGUAUCUAUCAGUCUUACAAUUGGAAAGAUUACUACUGUUGGUGUUGUGUACAACCCAAUACUUGAUGAGAUGUUUACUGGGAUUCUUGGAAAAGGUGCUUUUCUUAAUGGAAACAAAAUAAACGUGUCUUCUCAAACAGAACUGGUGAAAUCCCUCCUUGCAACGAAGGUUAAACCAUUAUGUCAAGUGAAUUUGCAUUGGAAGAAGUGUUUUGGAUAUUGUAUUUAACCAUUAUGUCAAUUGGAUAUUGUA